AUGAUUGUCGAAAAGUUUGGGAUACAGAACAAGAUAUGUGAGAUUGUCACAGAUAACGCCUCCAACAAUCAGACAAUGAUUGAGGAGAUUAAAAAAUUCAAGUGGACUCGGUUUAAAGGCGAGGCUCAUUGGAUUCAGUGCUUCGCUCAUAUCCUGAACUUAAUUGUUCAGGUGAUCAUGCGUCCUUUUGGAAGACACCAGAAAAAUCAAGCUACAGCCGAACAUGAACACAAAUCGGAUGAUGAGGAAUCGGACACAGACCAGCAGAUUCAAAGCUUCCAAGCAGGAACAAGUGAUUCCGACAAUGAAGAUGAUCAGUGUGAUACAAACAAUUCAAUGCUGGCAGGCGAGCUUAUUGAAGAAGACAAAAUCAAAUUGGAGACAAAGGACGUCAAUGAGCUGAGUGAUGAGGAAGAAACCGACCAAUACACAACCUUAUCCUGCAAGCAGACACUAGGAAAGACUGAAUCUCAUGCACCCAAGUUCCGAGCGAUUGCACGAAAACUGAACAAGUUGCCCAACUUGAAGGCGCUGUUUGUGGAGAUAUGUCAGGAAACCAACUGUCUGAAACCCCAUAACAUUGAGCAUGAUGUACGGACCCUGUGGAAUUCAACUCUCAUGCAGUUGGAAGGCAUCCUGCGAUGCUCAAAAGCCAUCUGGAGUGGUUGUGUUUAUUGA